AUGGCCAGCCAAGCGGACGGUACGUCAAAUGUGGCUUCAGUCGGCCAUGUGGGUCAUCAUAAUAAAAGACCUGUUGUCCUUAUCUACCCGACCGUGUCUCCGGAGACUGUGGUGGUGCCCAUAAUUUCCUGCAUUUUCGGAUUUCCGCUGCUCGCGCUGCUGGUGAUUUGCUGUUUGCGGCGCAGAGCGAAGUUGGCCAGGGAACAGGCGAGACGCCGUAACUGCGAUCUAGAACACGGUACAUUCUCUAUUGUCAGAUUCAGCCCAAUACACUAUCUAGGACGUUCGUCACGAGCGAUAUCGCUCAGAUCAGAGAGGGCCAUGAGCCGGGGUUUUCCUUCCUUGGAGCUCGAUACAGUGAUAGAGGAAAGAUCGGAUCAGGAACCGGAGGCGACAGUCAUCGAGAUGAUGACGCCAGAUGGGGACAGCGACGAGAGAUAG